AUGAUACACGAAUUAUGUCGCACAACAUUUCUGUACACAUUUAAAAAUGUAGUUGUGUUUGAUGGUUACGGACGUGUUUUGUCUACAAAAGCAGAAGAGCAAAGGCGCCGAACCUCUCGAAACUCAUCCACAGAUAGUAACACUACAGUCUUUGUCUCACGAGCUGAUUUCUUAGUAACUGAAAAAAACAAAUCUAGGCUAAUUAGUCUGUUGACCAACACUUUUUUGGCUAAAGAACUAGAAAUAAAACAGGCACCAGCAGAUGCGGAUACCAUGAUCGUCGAUAUAACUCUGGAGAAAGUUAACAACGGCCAGAAAGUCACGGUUGUGAUCACAGAUACUGAUAUAAUUAUUAUGUUGCUAAAUAGAGCCGGCAAUAAUACAAAUAUUCAGGUUGUGAUUUCUGUUGGAUACGAGAAUAAAAUAUGCAAUAUCAAGGAAAUUCAAGAUCAAAUAGGCUUCAAGAAGGAUUACUUAAUGUUUGUUCAUGCAAUUACAGGCUGUGAUACCACAUCAUCCUUUUUGAGCAUUAUUUUUAGUAAGCUUUCUUUCAAAGUAUACGGAGUGUUUCGAAAUAAAUUUAAAGAUGAUGAAAUGAACCCUAUAGCGCCACCGAAUCCGGCUACUGUGACAGAUGAGGAUUUCGGAGACGAGGAGACAUUUUGA